AUGGACACCAAGGAGAAGCCGCAGUGGGAAACGGAUUCGGAGCCACAGCCGCAUGUAGAGACCCCCACUGAACUGUUCUCGCAGCAGCAAUCGCAACAGCUGACGGAUGACCUAGUAGAAACGACCAUACCCACUCGGCGUCCACGUCGCCUGGCGCCCCCCAUGCCGCCCGACGAUAUGUUGCGCCUCUCCAUAGCGGACAAUCUCAUGCAGAUUGUGGGAAAUAUGACAAAUGAAGAGUACCAGCGACAAUGCUGCGAGAUCUUUCAGGUGAGCGAACUGACGCACGGUGUCCACGGCCAGAUCCUGGCCGCCCUGCAGCACAUAGACGAGCAGCGGCAACGACCAGGUGGUCAUAGAUGA